UCUUUCUCUUCCAUCCUCACUCCUCACUUCCAAAAUCCUUCCCCCCUUUCUCUGUCACUCACUCCCUCACUCAACUGCGACGUCUUUGUUGCAGUCACUCGGCCUCCGUUGGAGCCGUCUGUGCCGUCUGUGCAACACCCGCACGACUCGGCGUCUCACUCGUCUUCGUCGUCGCUCCUCGUUCCACCUUCGCCUUAUUCGCAUCAAGACUUCGGUGUCAGCAUGAGCGACAACGCCCGGCACACCAACUUCACAGGCAGCCAGAUCCAUGGCGGCGAGGCCAACUCGAUGAGAGCAAGCAUGGGAGCUGGAAGCGGCCUCGGCGUCAGCAUCGGUCCCUCGAAUGCCGGCGGCGGCAGCAUGAUGCCUCCUCCAGCUCCCCUGACGAGCGGCAACAGCGGCCCAUUGAUCAGGCCUCUGCAGCAGCCACACCCAGACGCUACUCGGGCCAUCAUCCCUCCGCACUUCACGUCGGUCCCUAUCCUCGAGGACACCCCCGUCAUCCCUCGCACCAUUGGUUCUGGCCGCCUUGGCUCUCGCGCCAGGCUCGAAGUAGGCAACAACCUCAACGACAUGACCGUUGGGUGGAGCCAAGAAGAGUGGAACGACGGUCGUCGCCUCGUCAAGUUCUGGCGCAACCAAAGCGGCACCAACAUCACCAUCCUUUGCGAUGUCCUCCAUCCUUCUGCCUAUGAUCCUAGCACCAUCGUCGUCAGCUGCAUCUUUUCCGAGGAAAAGAACGAAUGCUACAUCACGAGCGUCGACAUGAUCUACCUCCUCGAGGCCAUCAUCCAUACGCGUUUCGUCAUCGAGGAGAAGAACCGCAUCCGCCGCAACCUGGAAGGUUUCAGGCCCAUCACCCUCUCCAAGACAAAGUGGGAGACGGAGCGCCUCUUCAAACGGGUCAUGGGCUUCGUCAAUCCCAAGCCUCGCAACAUCGAGAAGGACGUCAAAGUGUUUCCCUGGAAGGUCCUUGAAGAGGCUCUCAAGAAGAUCGUCAACAAGUACUGCGCUACCUCGGAGCCUUCGCCCUCGAACCCUACGCCCUUCUUCGUCGACGAGCUCAGCGUCAAUGGCCGCGAGGGUAGCUCCAGCAGCGGUGGUCGUCGCCCCACUCACCGUCGUACCGCCUCGGUUGGCUCUGCUCCUUACCAGAGGCCCUCUCACCAUCAUCACGCGCGCGAUUCCUCGACGUACUCGAUCCGUGAGGACGCUUCCACCUCCACGAGCUCGGCUGGCUACAGCAUCCCUCCCGCAGUCCACUCUGGUGCCGUCGCCUACGGCUUCUCCAACGCCACCGCAGGAGCUAGCCAAAUGCCCAGCGGCCACAGCCUGCACCACUCGCAGAGCUUCCCCACCCUCACCCCUCUUGGAGGUCACGGCCCCGCGACGACAACGAGCGCUGACAGCCAGAGCUACACGACGAUGUCGCCUCCCACCAACAGCAUGUAUGCUGGUAGUGAGGCUCCUACGCUCUCUCACUACCAGCACUUUUCGCCCAUCGGCCAGCACCAGGCUGCUGAAUCUCAAAGCUUCAUGCCUUACCCUCACCCGGGCGCCUACGCCCAGCAGCAUCACCACCACCCUCAGCCCUACAGCCAACAGGGAAGCAGUGGAUCGUACCAGCAGCAGCCUCACCACGGCUACCAGCAUUACUACGCUCCGGAAUAUCAGCAGCAGCAUCAGGGCCAGGACGCCAAAGCCAGCAACAGCGGGAGCGAUGGUCACGAGGGGGGUGAAAUGUACGGCACGACCUCGUCGCCCCUCGACAGCACGGCUACGGCUGCGGCUGCGGCUGCGGCUGCCGGUGCUCUAUCGCAGGGAGGCUACGCUCAGCAGCAGCCUUAAAGCCAGCAACACUACAUCCAACGGAGGACUCACAGCGGGACAUGCUAUGGCUGCCUUUCCUGCUCGUCACCCCUCUUGCUACGUCUCGAACUCUCGUCUCCUGUAUAUCUACCGCUUUCAUCUAACGCGCAUGUGUAAAGAGCUCCCUGGCUGUCCAGCAUCGCAGCGAUCCGACCCCGCUGUCAUCAGCUCGGCAUCGUCGCAGCAGCCCGCGCGCUGAUCUCUCGUCACGUCUGUUGUCAUCCCCCUACUGCCUACCUCUUCAUGCAUACUCUCCUACAAUACAAGUUCCUCUCCCCGGAUUCGAC